GCACCCAAAUGCUCAAAGAGAGAAGCUUUGUCCCAGUCUUCAAUGGAGAUCAAGCUCGCUAGAAGUUGAUAGAGAGAGAGAGAGAGGCACUUGGGUUUUCCUCAUUGGGCGUAUAGGCGGUUAUGUGAGCAAGCAUUCUUCAUCACUGAUCGGUUGGUGUAGCGAUGAGUAAUGAUGGGAAUAUCAUUGAUGUUGAGUCGGGGGAAGAAGAUGAUUCUUCAACGCAAGAUUGCAACAUGGAGACAGAAGAGGUUGAAACCACCGAAGAAACAUAUGGAGCAGAUGGCCCUUUUGAGUACAAUGGGAAAAAUUUUCGUGAGCUGACUGUCAAGGACUUUGAUGGGACUUAUUUCAAAACUAUUGAUGAUGCUGAAAAGUUCUAUGAAAUUUAUUCUGCUGCACUUGGGUUCCGUUUAAGGAGACAAAAGUGUGAUCGGGGCCUGUCUGGCACUGUCUUAAGAAGAGUGUGGGUGUGUUCCAAACAAGGUCAAAAGAACAAACCUAGAAAUAAUCAAGUAAGGGGGCUUUCGAGCAAUAGUCGUCCGCCCAGGCACAGCACGAGAGAGAAAUGUAUGGCUGCAUUUGUUGUGCGGUAUUCCAAGGAACUUGAUGCUUAUUAUGUGAAAAGUUUUACUACUGAGCACACCCACGACUUACCAAAGCCUAACAAGGUGCAAUCGCUUCUUUCUCAUUGUGUUGGCAAGAAAGUGGAUUUGGCAGAGGCAGUUGCAAUGCCCAAAGCCAAAGAGUCAAUCAAAACCUCUGCUGCACAUGAGCAUCACCCAUCAGGUGGAAAUGAGUGUGUUGCUUCUACUAAAGAAUUGGAUUUGGCACACGCAGUUGCAGUACGCAAAGCCAAAGAGUCAAUCAACACCUCUACUGCAUAUGUGUAUCACCCGUCAGGUGGAAAUGAGUUUGUGGGUUUAACUAAAGAAUCGGAUUUGGAGCAGGGAGUUGCAAUGCGUAAAGGUUCAAUCAACUCCGCUGCUGCAUCUCAGCACAUGGUUGAACCAGCAGGUGGACAUGCGUUUGUUAGUUUAACUAAUAGAUCGGAUUUGGAGAAGGAAGUUGCAAUGCGCAAAGGUUCAAUCAACUCUGCUGCCGCAUCUCAGCAUAUGGUUGAACCAGCAGGUGGACAUGUGUUCGUGAGUUUAACUAAUAGAUCGGAUUUGGUGCAGACAGUGGCAAUGCACAAAGAGUCAAUCACAACCUCUAGUGCAUAUGAGUAUAUAGUUCAUCCUGCGGGUGGAUAUGAGUUUGUGGAUUUAAUGAAGAGGGAGUUGUAUAAUAGCAUGGACAUAGAACGCCGAGAAGCUUUGUUGAAUGGUGACGCACAAGCGGCAAUUGCCUUCAUGAAUGCAAGGGCUGCAGAGGAUCCUGAAUUUUUUUGCAAGUUCAGCGUGGAUGAGCGAGGCAGGCUUGGAAAUUUGUUUUGGAGAGACUCUUGUUCAUUGUUGGACUACGAUAGGUUCGGGGAUGUAUUGAUAUUCGACUGUACAUUCAAGACAAACAUUUACCAGAGGCCCCUAGCUGUGUUUGUUGGUGCAAAUAACCAUCGGGGCACUGUAUUGUUUGGAUCUGCAAUACUGGUUGAUGAUACCAUUGAUACCUACAAGUGGGCUUUGCUAACAUUUUUGGGUGCGAUGAAGGACAAAAAACCGAUUUCUGUUUUGACUGACGGGGAUGACAAAAUACAAAAUGCCGUUGUUGAAGUUUUUCCCAAGGCCAGACAUCGUCUAUGUUCGUGGCACAUCGAGAAGAACUUGGCUACAAUCAUUAAGGACCCGGACGUGGUGAAAGCUUUCACUCAAUUUUUAUACAAUGCUAUACCACCGGAUGAGUGGGAACUGGGCUGGAAGUCUAUGGUAGAGACCUAUGGGCUUCAAGACAAUCCAUGGAUUAAUAUGAUGUACCACAGGCGCAAGAGAUGGGCAGAGGCAUUUUUUAAAGGUCAUUUUUUUGGUGGAAUGAGUAGCAUGCAACGUUGCCAGGGGAUCCAUAGGAAUCUGGAGAGCGCGCUAGGUAAGUAUGACAGGUUUUGUGAAUAUAUUCCCCGAAUGGACAAGACCCUGAGGAAAAUGAGAAAUAAUAUUAGUGUGGAUGACCUUAAAUGCGAGAACUCAAAGCCAGUCAUUAUUACUCACAUGCGGUCUUUGGAGCAGCAGAUAGCUGAGAUCUUCACUCAUGACAUCUACUUGCUGAUAAUGCACCAGAUAGAUUGGGAGAGAAAAUACAUAAUCACCAAGUCUGAGCCAUAUGCACAAGGGGACGGUAAAGUGUUUCACCUGACCCAAUAUGACUUGCCACACAGGCAUUGGACUGUUAAUUACCACCAUAAUAUAAGCAAAGUGUGGUUCUUGUGCUCAUGCAAACUAUUUCAGUCAGACGGAAUCCCUUGUGCCCAUAUAUUUUCAGUAAUGAAAGCUGAGCUGAUAUUGAAGUUACCUGAUUCCUUGGUUCUGAAGCGAUGGACAAUGGAUGUGGGGAAGCCAGUGAACUUGCAUAAUUUGUCGGACAGGAAUUUGCAAAUGGUAAGGUAUGCAUCCUUGGAUUCAGAAAUCAAAAAUAUAUGUUUCCCAGCAUCUAUGACUGAAGGAGGAACCAAGAAGAUGAAAUGUGAAAUUGCAAAGCUGGCCAAGCUGGCCCGUGAUCGCACGGAGAGCCAAAACCACAGUUUAUUGCAGAAUUUGAUACAUCGUCACCAACUUCAUGUUGGAUCAGACGCCCACAGCUUUACCGGAUUUUCAGUUGGCAUCAAUGCCGAACAUUACGCUCGCAGUCUUCCUCCGGGUGAAUUCAGAACCUAUUUCUAUUGAACUAGAGUGCAUUAUAUGUCGCCCUUGUUUUGUAUAACUAGGCGUAGUCGUUGGUCUCAUUUAACAAGGAUUUGCAGCUUCUGUAUUCUUAGCAUAUGCUACAGACCCUGACGAAAAGGGUUUGAAGUGAUCCAACUUGUUAAUUUGAGCUUCAGCUAUUUGUUUGUUACAGUUUA